CCGGCAGGGCUGGCCCGGAGGAGGAGGAGGAGAGCGCUGGGCAUGGCGGCGCCCGCAGCGCUGCAGCGGAGCGUGGUGGCCCCCGCGGGCAGGCACACCGCCUCCCUCAUCUUCCUGCACGGCUCAGGUGAUACUGGCCAAGGAGCAAGAGCAUGGAUAAAACAGAUUUUGAAUCAAGACAUGGCAUUCCAACAUAUAAAAGUAAUUUACCCAACAGCUCCUGCCAGGCCAUAUACACCCAUGAAAGGAGCCUUUUCCAAUGUGUGGUUUGACAGGUAUAAGAUCUGUAAUGACUGUCCUGAACACAUUGAAAGCAUUGAUUCCAUGUGCCGGGGACUUACAGACCUGAUCAAUGAUGAGGUUAAGAAUGGCAUUGCCAAGAGCAGGAUACUCAUAGGAGGCUUUUCAAUGGGAGGUGGAAUGGCAAUGCAUUUGGCCUUUAGGUUUCAUCAGGAUCUGGCAGGAGUCUUUGCCUUGUCCAGUUUUCUGAAUAAAGACUCUGCUGUGUACCAGGCUUUGAAAAGAAAUGAAAGUGCUCUUCCAGAAUUAUUUCAGUGCCAUGGAACUGCUGAUAAUCUAGUUCUCUACUCAUGGGGUGAAGAGACCAACAAGAUGUUAAAGUCUCUGGGAGUAUCAACAUCACUUCAUACUUUUCCAAACCUCAAUCAUGAGCUGAACAGAACUGAAAUAGAAAAAUUAAAAUCCUGGAUUAUAAAGAAAUUGCCUGUUGAAGCACCAAAGGCUAAUGAAUAAAUGAAGAUCCAGCCUCAUA